AUGGAUUAUUCAAAAACACUCUCAGCCGGAGAUCUUACAGCAUCAUCAGUAUCUGCCUAUGCCAUCGAUAAAUUUAAGACUCUUGAAUCUCACUGCUUCAUACCAGAACCCCCAAAUCAUCACCCACACUAUAGUAGAAAAGUUAUUAGCGAUGCAGAUCGGCCAACUCUAAAACCAAUCAUUCAUCGUCUGUACAUCAUUGAUAAUUUGACAUUUCUCAAAGUCAAGGAGGCGCUCAAUUUGGAGUUCGGAUACAAUAUCACGAAACGGCAAUUUACUCGAAAAGUCGAAAGCUGGGGCUUUAAAAAGAAUUUUGGGAAAAAUGAAAGAGAUGAGAUUGUGAAGAGCGAAAAGAUUCCUCAACGGUUUAUACACGACACACGAAUUAACCAAAAAAGGGUUGAGCGCUUGCAGAAAAGAAAUGCCGCGCGCAUGGGUCUUGGAGUUGAAAGCGAAGAUAAUGAGAGAUCUCUCGUACAGGACCAGGACUUUUCUCCAGAAACGAACGCAAUCAACCAAGCUUCAUUGGACCCUGAACCCUGCUAUACCAUGACCGGGGAUCAAAACACGGCACUUGAAGACCACGACAUGACUAUAGAAGAGAUCCCCAGAUCAGAGUUUCGUCAUGACAUAGUCACACAAAACACCGAAGAUGAAUGGCCUUUCAGUCAAUCUGCUGAAGAUGAUUCCGGAAUUUCAUGGUUGGCUGAAUUUUUUGUGCAGCUUGAGAUUGCAGAAAUCAUCGCAUCUACAAGUUUUGAGACCGAGAAGGAAAAGCAGUGGGAUGUCGAAGAAGCACGAUUCAUAUCUGGGACGGAUUUGAAAGCACUUUCCAACCCAUACGAUAAAACUUUAGUAUGGGGUGGGUCUUUCCUGGCUCAAAGGAAUAACCACUACCCACAUCACCUUUCUGCUAGGAGUACCUCGCUACAAACCGACAAUUCAGGAAUAUAUCAAUGUCGCUGGAGUCCUCUGUUCGAGAUUGACAUCUUCCCACCAUUUAGAAACUCCAACGAUCGCAUUCAGAACAAUUUUCUUCAUUCACUUGCAUCGUUCAAAAGGAUGUUAGUAGAUUUAGAGUCGAAAUUGUCGAAAUUGGAAAGAGUACUACCAGCGAAUUCUCCAGCAAUCAUUUCGACCCUGGAGUACUUGAUUUUUGUCUACCACCGACUUCCUUGGAAGAGAAAAGUUGCAAUGACAUGCAGAAAGCUCUUGUGUGCAAGACAAAAGGAACGAUUCCCUAAUACGUACAAGAUUGUAGAAUCAUGUCUUUGGAUUGUCGAUUCCUGCAUUGCUUUGGGGGCAUUGAUGAUUGGGAGAGAUCUGCAUCUCAUUUUGCACCCAAAGAUAGAAGAGGCUGUGGAUUCUCAACAUCCACUACAUAUUCAUUCAUCUUAUUUGAUGGCCAAGAUCUUACAUCGAAUUAACCAGGAUCGCGAAGCUGAAAAUAUAAUCCGUCCUUUGAUGCAGACAGUUCUAGCUACAUUAGGGCACAACCACUUAUUAACCAUUAAAGUCAUGAAUCUAUUGUCUUUGAUCUUGAAAAGAAAGCAUUAUCUGAUCGAGGCCAAUAGGCUUUCUAGAUACAGUCUUCAAGUGUCCAUUCAAUCAGGCUUGGGUGUAGCUUGGUUCGAAAGCGCAAGCACACUCAUCUUUGUAUUAGAAGCCCAGGACCUUUACAACGAGAGUAUCAAUCUGUCUCAUCACAUAUCCAAAUUAUCAGCCGAAGCCUUUCUUGGUGAAAAGCUUACAUGCCAUAUUCAUCACAUAAUAAUGGCCAGAGCCCUCUUGCAACAAAAUGAAGCUUCAAAGGCAGUUAAUAUGCUCAAGGGUAUCCAAAAUUCCCCUUACGCAAAUGAAUCGAAUGAAAUGUUCAUAGAGGUAGAGUUUAAAGGCGUCCUGGGAAACGCUCUUUGGAAACAGGGAAGUAAUUGGGAAGCUAUAGUUUGCUUCAAAGAAUCUCUCAAAUCAAUUGUCAAAAUGUUCGGAUGGGAUCAUUCAAUUGUUUUUUUACAUUGCAAGAUAAUUGUAAAUCACUUGGGCUCACCCAUUGCAGGAUGGAUCGAGGAAACCGAAGAUAGAAUGUACAGAAUGCGAGGAGGGGUUGAAGAUGACGAUAAUAGCAUUUCUGAGGAUUAUUAUAAGGAGAACGAAGCAUGUUCUGAAGACGCUGGGAUGAAAGAUCAUGGUAUUCAUGAGGAAGAGGACGAUGACAAGGCUCAAUUUGAAGGUCGCGGGCCAAGGUUGGAUGAUAUAUUCAAUACGGAACGAGACAUCUCUAAGGACAUAACCUUUGAGGAGCUAGGUCUUGAUGAGGAUUUCUCAUUAUAA